UUCUAUAAGUAUCAGUGGUUAUAUUCGGAAUAAUCAAGCACUCUUAUCAAUCUUAUUUGGGUUUUAUGAUUUUAUGGGCACUUUUCUGUGGCUUAUUUUAAUUAAACAAAUUUUUGUAUAUUCCUGAGAUCUAGCCUAUCCUAUACCCAAUCCAAGAAGGCUUGAAUUCAUUUUCAAGUCAUUAAACUUUUUGAUUUUUGGAACCUUUACCUCACAUCAUUAUCAACCAUUCUUUAUAAUAAUCUCAUUAAAGUUUUUAUAUUUUCCAUUUUUUUGUGAUUUGUUUUUACUCUUUUUUAAAAUUCUUCUCUAUAAUACUUUUAAAAUUUUAACAUUCCUUCUUUCAGUUUCCUCAUUUCCUUCAUGGUAGAUGCACGUGGUGGUGCAAUGAGGGGUUGCCGACAUUCGGGUGUUCGUGUAAUAAUUCCUCCUCGUAAAGCAGAAGCUCCAACUCGAAUAACUUGUCGUUAUUUGAAAAAAGAAAAAUUGCCAGUUCCUCUUCGUUUAAGUGAAGGAGAAGCUUUAGCCUCUCGUAUACUUGAAAUGGGCCCGGCAGGUGCCAAAUUUCUCGGACCUGUAAUUCUUGAAGUUCCACACUUUGCUUCUCUCAGAGGGCGUGAAAGAGAAAUUGUAAUUCUUCGCUCAGAUGACGGAAAAUUUUGGAAGGAGCACCAAUUAGAGGCAACUGAAGAUGCUGAAGUUUUAAAUGAAUCUUUUGAUGCUCAAGAAUUACAACAAUUGGAUGAAUUACACACUUCAAGAAUUACUAGAAUUUUAACUAAUGAUUUUCCAAUGUAUUUUGCUGUUGUUACUCGUGUUAGACAAGAAGUCCAUUGUGUUGGUCCAGAAGGAGGAGUAAUUCUCUCGUCUGUUGUUUCGAAUGUUCAAGCAAUAUUUCCUGAUGGUUCUUUGACUAAAACAAUUAAAGUUUCUCUACAAGCACAACCAGUCCCCCAAGAAUUGGUUACCAAACUUCAUGGAAAUAGAGUUGCCGUCUCUCCAAUUGUUACGGUUGAACCGAGAAGGCGAAAAUUUCAUAAAGUAAUUAAUUUUAGUUUUUGA